AUGCCAUCAUUACCUCUGGUUGCCAUGGCAGUUCUUGGUCCGGAAAAACGGUACAUUUACAUUCUUGGAGGCCAAGAUGAUAUGGAAGAUGUAAUGCUGAAGCUAAAUCGGCUCUAUAGCCUUGAUACGAAGACUUGGACAUGGUAUGAGCCCAACGUGCAAGGUCCAAAACCUGUAGGACGAAUGUUUGGCUCUGCUGUGUUUCUUAAUAAUGAGAGCUAUGCUGUGUUUGCUUUUGGGCAAGAGACAUUGGGUAUCUACAGCAAUGAUAUUGAUAAUAUCGUGACAGGCGAGGCGCACAAUGCAUCUGAAAUUCCAUCUGAUAGCAGCUUUUUCGGUGGUGGGGCUAUUGCUGGAAUUGUCAUCCGCAUGAUCCAUUUUAGUCUCUGGAACCUAAGAAAUGAUGAGCCUCGAUGGUUUGAAGCAUGUCGUUUGGCGCUCAAGGCGUUGUUGUUGUUUCUUUUUAUGCUCAAUCCCCGAUUGGUCUGA